AUGCGUGUUGGUGAAGGAGCUGCAGGAUACUUUGUGAGAUUUAUGGAGUUCGCAAAUGACGUGAAGAUCGUGGAGAAGAUUCUGAGAAGUCUCACUGAAAACUUCAGUUUCGUGGUAUGCUCUAUUGAAGAAUCAAAGGAAAUUGAUAGGAUCACAGUAGACGACCUUCAGGCGCCUCUACAAAUCCAUGAAAGUAAGGUCACCGAGGGAAAAAGUGAAGAACAAGUCUUACGAGUGGAAAAUGAACCAAGGAAUGGUAGAGGAAGAGGAAGAUGGAACACUCAAUCAGGAAGAAGCAACUUUAGAGAGGACGAGGGAGAUGCCGAUCCUUUGUGA